CGCAGUACUACCAUGGUUUGGUGGACAUGGGAAGGUAAGACAGUCUUCUUGACUCCCUCAACUAUUUGCCCUUUCAUUAUCAUAGUUUCACUCCUCACGCCACCAAGCUAUGCGUUUUAUGCUGCCACUAUUCGGACAACCAUAGAGGACCCAAGUUUAGUUGACAACGCCACUAGCAAUGGCAUUCGAUUCUCCAUCACAGACCUUUCUCCCCCAACCCAACGUAUUCUCCCCACCGUCUAUCUUGACAGGGCAGGCAUAUCCCUCUACGAUGCACAAUGGGAAGCAGGGAAACCAGUUCCUAUCCCUUCGUCAAUCAUUAAACAAACCAUUCAAGCACUCCUUCGUUUCAAGGCAACGUGCCAGGACUUUCGUGUCCCCCAAAGUCAGAUCCGCAUUGUAGCAACCGAAGCGACGCGCAAGGCCCAAAAUUCUGCCGAAUUUCGCUCUCAAAUCAAAGAUGCAACUGGAUGGACUGUCGAACUCCUCCCAAAAGAAAUGGAAGGCCGGAUCGGAGCUUAUGGAGUUGCAAGCUCCUACGACCAAGUUCGGGGUCUGGUCAUGGACCUUGGUGGAGGGAGUACGCAAAUCACGUGGAUGGUGACAACAAAUGGCGAGGUGAAGAUGAGCGAAAAAGGCAGUGUGAGUUUGCCGUAUGGCGCUGCAGCUUUGGUCAAGCAUCUUGAAGCAUCUGGCCAGCAUGGUGACAAGUUCAAGGAAUUUGAGAAAGAUGUGGUCAAAGACUUGAAAGAUGCGAUAAAAGAGAUUGCGAUUCCCGAAGAGCUGAUGAAGGAUGCAAAGAAGGGCCUUUCACUCUACCUGUCGGGAGGAGGAUUCAGAGGUUGGGGUUUCGUAUUAAUGAGCGAGCAUCCAAUCCGCCCGUAUCCGAUUCCAAUCAUCAAUGGGUUUCAUGUCCAUGAGCAGGCAUUUCAAGAUACGAAUACGGUGACAAUGGCUAUCAAAAAGGUGGAGCAGGAAGAAACGCCUGAGAUCUUCCGUGUCUCCGAUCGGAGAGCAAGUCAAGUGCCAGCUGUGGCUUUCUUGGUAGAAUGUCUAUCUAAAGCACUACCAAACAUCAAAGGAGUCAACUUCUGUCAAGGAGGCGUAAGAGAAGGGAUACAUUAUGCGGAUCUAGGUGCUAGCCUUAGGAAGGAAUAUCCUCUAGCAACAGCUACGAAGGCAUACGCGGGGGAAUCUGUGCAAGAGCUAGUUGACCUUUUGGUUGCGGCUACUGUGCCUUCACCUACGCCCAAGAAUGAGGAUGUAUUUGAUAACUCUCUUCUUGUCGCCUUCGUACAGGCAAUGUAUGUUCACGCCGCCUUCCCGAAGGAUCUCUGCGCGGGGGCCGCCCUUCGAAGCACCACUACAGGAGUUUUCGCAGCAGUUCAUGGAAUCAGUCACCAGCAACGCGCAUUCCUUGCACUCCUCCUCUGCGAAAGAUACGGCGGAUAUGGCUCUAUCAGCCCAACUGAACAGGACUUCUACCGUCGCAUCGUCCAGCUGCUGCCAGACGGCAAAGCGUGGUGGUGUAUGUAUGUUGGCCGCGUGGCUUCCGUUGUAGGAAGCGUCUACCCAGCUGGACUGGUUAGGGAGGAGAGACUGAAAGUAAAUGUGCAGUGGGUAGCAAAAAAGGAUAAGGAGGUGUUGUGCAUUGACUUUGACUUCGUCGAGCCGAUUGACGAGCUGGACGAAGGGCUUGCUGGAUCGUUGGGAAAAGUGGAGAAAGCAGGGAAGAAGAAAAACUGGAUUGACGGACAUGGACAUAGGGUUUUGGUGACGGUGAAUGGGAGGGAGUACUCCGAAAAGGGGAGCCACAAACUGCAAGCUUGUCUCAACCAUGUAACGGCGCAGCGAUCGGUGGGCUUUCCGGUCCAUCCGCUGUUGCAAUUCAACAAUGGCGGUGGCGAAGAUCUCGACCAGGACAGGUGGCGAAACAUCGUGACAUUCAGGGCAAGCACACCGACUGUCUGUGACGCGUAG